AUGUGUGAUACAUCGAUAACCAAAGUUUCGUCUUCCACAGCACCCGUUGGUGAAAUGGGACAAAAGUAUUUGGCUUGUGGCAAAUCUCUAUCAAUGAGAAUGUGGGACAAUGAAAAAGCAACAAACGAACCAAAGCCAUUAUCAACACGUGACUAUGAAACAUGUGGUUUUGUCAUAUCGGGCAAAGCUGAAUUGCAUUUCGAAAACGACCAAAAAGUUUUACUUUCACCAGGUGAUUCGUGGAUCGUACCAANAAACUGGAACAUUUCUAAUGGUUUUAUGGUUUAUUAG